AUGGCACUACACGAGCUUGCUGAUUCUCGGAAAACGAUAAGUAAAGUUUUGGAACAAAUCUCGCUUUCUCUCGGCUCUCUAAGAAUCAGAAUCACAUCACGCCGAAGGCGAUUGACCUGCUAUUUGAUAAUGCUUAUUCCUCUCUUACAACUUAAGGAGCGACACAAGACCGGGAUACAGAUUAUAUACAUCCGACUUCAUCCAAAGCCUAAGCGAUCGGAAGAUAGGCAAUCUAUUUUUAAUGCCCUAGAAAGCACGUUCCCGGCCUAUUUGCUCCUAAGGCUCAAUACAAAAAGCUACCAAUCGCUCCCGGGGGUGCCUAUCAUUAUGAUUCCUUUCUUCGCGGCUAGCCUAGCUCUAUUCGACCGGCUCGGGAGACGAGCAGCAGCCCUUCACUUCCUUCCUCCCUGCGCAAAAGCGCUUCUUAACGUGGGCCUCGGUACAAAGUGA